AUGAAGCCGGAGUAUUCAGCCAACAACCCGAGUAACCUUACUGCUCACGGUGAUCGAAUAGGGAUAUACGCCCAAAAUCGUGCUGAAUGGUUGGUCACUGCUUUGGGUUGUGUCCAACAGUCGAUUAUCAUCGUCCCACUCUACGAUACUCUAGGAGCAGAUGCGGCAUCGUUCGUCGUUUCCCAGGCGGAAAUCAAUGUGGUUGUGGUUGAUUCACAGCUCAAAGCUCAAAACCUGGCAUCAAAGAAGGAACUGAUGCCGACGUUGAGGGACAUCGUGAUGAUGGAUCGAGAUGGAGUCACAGAGGAAUUCAUCGAAGAGAUGAGAGCCGCGGGAAUCAGAGUCACCUUCAUGAAGGAACUAAUGGAACGUGGAUCUCAGAAUCCUAAACCAAGACACCUACCCACAGAAGAUGAUAUUUACAUUAUCUGCUACACAUCUGGGACCACCGGCACACCGAAAGGUGUUAUCAUUACACAUCGAAAUAUCGUGGCAAACAUCAGUGGAUGGUUAUUCGUUAUUGAAAAGUUUCUACCGAAAAUUAUGAACCCUGAACUGCUCGUGAUCUCCUAUCUUCCACUUUCCCAUAUGAUGGAACAAUUAUCACACUGGACAUUACUUACGAUCGGCGCCAGGAUAGGCUACUUUAGUGGAAGCAUACCGCGACUACUAGAAGACAUAAACAUACUCAAACCGACGGCAUUCCCAGUGGUUCCUCGGUUACUCAACAGAUUCUACGAUGCCAUACAGAGCAAAGUUCAAAAAAGUGGUCUCAUCUCUCGGAUGGUUUAUAAUCUGGCUUAUUCACAAAAACUUGCCCUUCUGAAAAAGGGUAUCACAACGAAGGAUAGCAUUUGGGAUAAAUUGGUCUUCCACAAGGUUCAGGCCCAAAUUGGUGGCCGAGUCACCACGAUGGCCACUGGUUCAGCCCCCAUUUCCGCUGAGGUACUGGAGACAUGUCGUAUAGCAAUGGGUGUCACUAUUAUAGAAGGUUACGGUCAGACCGAAUGCACAGCUAUGGCCACUAUGACAUGGCCUGGAGAUUGGACGGGAGGUCAUUGCGGUGGUGUGGCCCCAUGCUGCAAUAUCAAACUCAUAGAUGUACCAGAUCUCAACUACUAUGCUAAAGAUGGAAAAGGAGAAAUCAUGAUACGAGGACCUAGCGUUACGAAGGGUUACUACAAAGACCCAGAAAAAACAGCAGAACUUUUUGAUGAACAAGGAUUUCUACACACAGGUGACAUCGGAGAAAUGUUGCCUAACGGAACCUUGCGAAUAAUCGAUCGCAAAAAACACAUUUUCAAAUUGGCACAGGGAGAGUAUGUUGCACCCGAGAAAAUCGAAAACGUCUACAUUCGAAGCCCCGUAUUGCAGCAGAUAUUCGUCGAUGGCAAUAGCUUAGAACGAUAUCUGGUUGCCAUAGUCGUCCCUGAACCAAAAGUUAUGGAAGAAUGGAAUAAACAGCACGGAGUACCGGGUCGAACACUCGAGGAGAUCUGCUCAGAUCAAAAAGUAUGCCUAAUUAUUUUUAUUAUAGCUCAAUUCUUAUGGCAUUCUUAA